AUGUCUGAGAAGGAGCAACCCGGACUCGCCCACGCUGAGAAUGGCGUGUACAACCCCGACCUGGCUCUCAUCGAGGCCGCACACAAGACGAGUGACGAAGAAGCCAACCUGUCGCGCAAGGAGCUCUUCUCCCGCUACGGGCCAGCCGUCAUCUACAGUGGUCUGCUGAGUCUGGCUUUGGUCAUGGAAGGUAUGGAUGUCGGCCUUAUCAACAACUUCUUCGCCCAUCCUGCCUACCUCAAGAGGUUCGGCUGGCCCAACGAGGCUGGUGAGAACCACAUCUCUUCGACCUGGCAGGCGGCUAUCGGCAACGGUAACAAUGCCGGCACCAUUGUCGGCCUUCUCAUCAACGGUUGGCUCCAGUCUCGCUUCGGUUCGCGCAAGGUUUACAUGGGAGCCAUGGUCGCCAUGGGCGCCACGAUCUUCUGCCUGUUCUUCGCUACGAACGUUGAGAUGCUCCUCGCGGGUAACAUUCUCUGCGGCAUUCCCUGGGGUAUCUUCCAGACUCUGACAACUGCCUACGCUGCCGAGAUUUGCCCCGCCGCUAUCCGUGGAUACCUCACUGCCUGGGUUUCCAUGUGCUGGGGUGCCGGAUCUUUCCUAGCUGCAGGUGUGCUUCGUGGUUCUCUCGACCUGCCAGGAGACGCUGGAUGGCGUGUGCCAUAUGGCCUGCAGUGGAUCUGGGUUGUGCCCCUGUUCUUCGUCGGCCUCUUUGCCCCUGAGAGCCCCUGGUACCUGAUUCGUCGUGGCCGUGUCGAUGAGGCUGAGAAGUCGCUUCGCCGUCUCGCUCGCAAGGGACACUACACCGACCAGACUAUGGCCGAGCUUAUCGCGUUCAUGAAGCACACGAACGAGAUGGAGAAGAUCGAAGCCGAGGGCGCUAGUUACAAGGACUGCUUCCACGGCACCAACCUACGCCGUACCCUUAUUACCUGCAUGACCUGGGUUGUCCAGAUUCUCAACGGUCAGGCCCUUACCGCUUACGCUGCCGUCUUCCUCCGGGCUGGUGGUAUGCCCACUCACCAGUCUUUCAACUUCAGCAUGGGAAUUCAAUCGACCAACAUCGUGGGCACUAUUAUUGCUAUUGUUCUGAUGGGUCGUAUUGGACGUCGUACCUUCUAUCUCUACGGUUCCUCGUUCAUCGGCCUUUGCAUGCUGAUUAUGGGAAUCUUGGGCUUCAUCAAGACUAACAACAUUCCUAUUGCUGUUGCUGUCAUCCUGAUCUUUGUUCAGCUCACCUUCAAGCUGUCGCUGGGUCCCGCCUGUUACGUCAUUGUCGGAGAGAUGUGCUCCAGCCGUGUCCGCGCUCAGACUCUUGUCCUCGGCCGCGCCGUCUACGUUACGGGUGUCAUUUGUGUCCAGCAACUCAACCCCCGCAUGCUCAACAAGGGAGGCGAUGCUUGGAACUGGGGAGCUAGGGCUGGUCUCCUCUACUUUGGUCUCUGCUUCAUUUGGGCUGUCUGGAUCUUCUUCUGCCUGCCCGAGACGAGGAACCGCAGCUUUGCCGAUAUCGACUACCUCUUCCAGAAGAAGGUGUCUGCCCGAAAGUUCGCCACUACCCCCAUCGACAUCUACGACCUUGCUGGUAUCGGCCAGACCAACCACAAGCUGGAGGAGGAUGACGCUGACGUUGUUGAGGUUCGCGAGGACAAGCGUCAGUAG